AUGAGGCGCAAGGUCAUUGCUCAAAAAUCCUCUGGAAGAAGAAAGAGCGAGAAGGCGAGGGAGCCAAGCGUUGAGGAAGAAGUAGAGGAGUCUCAGACCUCACCUCCUCCAUCAUCGCCGAAGAGAACCACUCCUCAUGCAUCAGGGAAGAGCUCCAAGAAGGCAAAGGACUUCGAGUUCCAUGAGACCAGAGAACCCACGAACCUUGGGUCAAUGGAGUUCAAAAACAAGUUUCACAAGCCACACUCACAUUUCGAUCCUGCCAGAUUCUCUACAUGUGCUGCGUUUGAAUUCCACAAGGAAGUCAUUGAGAAAAGGCAUUUGUGUCUCUCUUACCUAGUGAAUCUCGAGUCUCUAGCAUCCAAACGAAUCGACUUACAACCCAUGUUUGAAGGUCUCAAAUGGACACCUCUGCUCCAUAUUCAUAAACUGAUCACUCUGAACUCUGAAACCAUCUCUGCUGCCCUUGGAUACAUUGAUGAAGGGCCAAAGGUCUACAUGAGUGAUAAAUGGGACUCGCAUGUUGGAGUUACAUACAAGCAAGUCAUUCAUCAAAUCUGUGAAAAUUUGUCUGGUCUGGAUGGAACUAUUCCGACUCAUAAAGCCCUGGGACAAACUAACUCUCUGCUGCACCGCAUCAUCACACACAUUCUCACUCCUCAAAGUGGAUCUCACAAUAGGGUAACCGUAUCUGACUGUCUUAUUAUAUUUGCUCUUGUUACUUCAACUCCCAUCUCUUUUAGCUAUAUUAUGAUUCGUCACAUAUGGGAAUCCGUGAAAAGUACAAAAAAGGCCAAUUUACCCUAUGGAAUGUUUCUUACAUGCAUUUUUGAGUACUUUAAGGUAGACUUAACAAAUGAGGCUGUUGAGAAUAAGGUCUCCAAGAUCAGGGCAGGCGGGACUGCGAAAAAGGGAAAGAAAUCAGUGGCCUCUGAUGAUGAUUUUGAAAGCCAUCCCGAAUCCUCAAGGAUGACCGGGUCUCGCAGAGAAAUUCUCACAGAAUUCAUCAAUAUGUCCGAUCUCAUGGUUCAAUUUCACAAAUCUGCUCGCAAACUUGCUUAUGAGCAUGAGUCGGCAUGGAAGAAAUGCCAAGAGAGGGUCAGUCUGAUGUUGGAGAAAUUUGAAGGAGAAGCUGGCAAUGAUGAAGAUGAGGAGGAAUAUGACUUUAAUCUGUUUGAUGAUUAA